CCGGUACCACCCAUCCAUAUUUCAGCAAGUUACAGCUCCGAUUGUCCUGGAGUAUUAAACGUGUUGCAAAUGGGGCAUCGUGACCAUCAUCAAGCCAGACCACUCCAAUGGCGAUUAUCAUUGCAUGCGCCCUUGUUGUCUUGGCCAGUUUAUGGAUUGUGAAGCAACGAUAUCAGGCCGCAAGGCGGUUGCCAUUACCGCCUGGACCACCUCGACGUUGGCCCUUAGGAAAUACGAUGCCAAAGUCAUAUGCACCGUUUCAAUUCGCGAGAUGGACAGAACAAUAUGGACCUGUGUUCUCCCUCAAACAAGGCCAUAGGCUUUUCGUGAUUAUUGGACGUCAUCAGGCUGCGGUGGAUAUCAUGGAAAAUGAGGGAGUAAAUCUUGCCGACCGCCCGCGUUCGAUUGCAGUGCAAGAGACACUAUCUGGCGGGUUGAGAGUAGUCGUUGAGGGCAGCGGUGAGAAAUUGCGCCGGAUGCGCAGGGUCUUGCAUGCAGGCUUGCAACCCAAGGUUGCGGUGACAUAUGAGCCCAUCCAGACCAAACAUGCGAAGAAUCUGGUUCUAGAUAUCUUAAAUAAUCCAAAGAACCACCAACGUCAUGCCUUCCGUUACUCAGCUUCCGUGGUCUUGUCCUUCACCUAUGGCAAAACUACUCCGACUUUUUAUACAGAUCCUGAAGUCGUUGACAUCAAUAGGUUUUCCGUGCGUUUUGGUCAAUCUAUGAAGCCAGGAGCAUACCUUGUGGAUACGUAUCCAAUCCUGCGUUUCGUGCCAGGCUAUCUAAGCCAGCUGAAGGCAUGGCACCAAGAAGAAUAUGCUCUCUUCAAGAGGCAGAUGGAUGCAGUGCGAUUACAGAUGCGUGAGGGGACCGCAGGACCAUCCUUUACGAGGCUCGUUCUAGAGCACCCGAAACAAUACCAGCUCGAAGACAAGGCACUGGAAUAUAUCGCAGGAGGGAUGUUCGGGGCUGGUACUGAUACAACUGCUUCCUCAAUCACAUUUAUGAUAAUGGCUGCUGCCGUCCACAUUGAUGCACAGGCUCGUGCGCAACAGGAACUUGAUAACGUCGUGGGGCUGCCGACAUUUGCUGAUCAGGAAAUGCUGCCGCAGGUUACCGCGUUCAUGCUCGAGAGUAUGAGGUGGAGACCUGUCGCCCUCGCAGGCUUUGAGCAUCGCGCGACUAAGGACAUAAUUUGGAAUAACUACCUCAUUCCUGCAGGUGCAACUGUUAUUGGCAGCCAUUGGGCUAUCGCAAACGAUCCCGAGGUCUUCCCAGAACCGCACAAGUUCAAUCCUCAGCGUUGGAUUGACGAUGCAGGUCGUUUGCGCACUGAUCUCCGGUUUUUCGCUUUUGGCUUUGGUCGCCGACUUUGUCCCGGUCAACAUGUCGCGAAUCGGUCUGUCUUCCUCACCACGGCUCUUAUUCUCUGGGCGUUCCGCCUUUCCGAGAAUCCCACAGCCAAGAUCGACACACUUGCUUUCUCAGACACUGCAAUCAUACAUGCUACUCCGUUUGAGAUAUGUCUGGAGAAGAGAAUCGAUGAGAAUCUGAUCAGGGAACUGUGCGCACCGGGGGAGUGAAUGACGUUUAUCCAGGAACUUGUAAUAUGUAAACUUAACGAACGUGUAGUACAACUACGGGAAAUGCACAAUUUUCACUUAUUGUCGAAUAUGUAUACUACAACACAUAUUUGCAUCGGAUCUACUUUUAGGAUAUGCCGGAGCUAAUUCGAUGCUUUAGCCACCUAAUAUGAAUAUGCA